AUGGAGCUGGGCCCGGGGCCCUGCGCGCUGCCGCCCGCCGCCGGGGCCGGGGCGAGGGCGGCGGCGGCGGGGGGACCCUGCGCCGAGAUGCUGCAGGUGGCGGAGGAGGCCUUCCGCGGCGGCAACUUCGAGCUGGCGGCCGAGAUCUACGGUUCCGAGCUGGCGGGGCUGCCGCAGCCCGAGCGGGGCCUGUGCCUCCGCCGCGCCGACGCGCUGGCCAGGGCCGGCCGCAUGGCCGAGGCGCUGGACGCCUACGGCGCGGCGGCGCGGCUGGCGCGGCUGCGGCCCGAGGAGCUGCGGGAGCUGGCGGAGAGUGUCGCUCUCAGCAUCCGCGACAAGGAGCUGCGCCUCCCGCCCUGGGGGAGCGGCGCGGCCGGCGGCGGCGGGGCGGAGGGCGAGAGUCUCGGCGACCCGGCGUGCUGCCGCCCGCCCGAGCUGUUCGCCUGCCCGCUGUGCCGGCGGCUGCUGUGCGAGCCGGUGACCCUGCACUGCGGGCACACCCACUGCCGCCGCUGCGCCGAGCCCGGCGACUGCGGCCGCUGCCACCGCCCGCGCCGCCCCGCCGAGCCGACCCCUGCCGCCGCCGCGCUGCCGCCGGCCGCCGGCCGCCCGCGGGUCAACGUGGUGCUGGGCAACCUGCUGCACAAGUGGUUCGGCGCCGAGAGCCGGGCGCGGCGGCUCCGCGCCGAGGGCGACGCGCUGCGGGAGCGCCAGGAGCUACCGGCCGCCCUGGAGAAGUACAACCAGGCCCUGGAGAUGGCUCCUUGCAAGUGUUCAUUGAUAGCACAGCGGGCAGAGCUCUGUACGCUGAUGAAGAACUACCAGCAAGCUCUUCACGACGCGGACAUCCUGUGCCGGAGCAAACCCCACUGGCCUGCGGGCCAUUAUGUGAAAGCAAAAGCUCUUUCUGGAUUGGAAAGGACUGAGGAAGCAUUGAAGGAAUUUCUUUAUUGUGUUGCCUUAAAUCCUGAAUGGAGCUCAAUGAAGAAAGAAGCCCAAAAGAUAAUGUGUGAGAUGUUUUUCCCAGCCUUUGAAAAUGUGCAUGAUAGUCUAACAGCACCUUUCUCUAGUCGAACAUCCCAUACAAGAUUGAAACCUGCAUUUCUGAGUAGCAUAAACACACAGUCAGCUGUGGAAGAUAACUCUGUUGCUGGGUCCUCAAAGGAUACUAUGUUCAGGUUAACAAAAACCCCGUCCCAAGAGUCCGAUGUAUUCAGAAGCACUGAUUCUUCUGUUACCCAUCAUGUUCUGGAUCUCUACUUUGAUGACAACAAGAAGUCUUUGGGAGCUAUUCUCUCCAGUUUACCUGGGGUUGGCUUAAAAAGAAAGCUGUCCAGUGAUAUGAGGGAUUUGCAGAGUUUGGAUGUCCCCAAUAAGAUUCUUAAAAAAGAUGGAGAUGUUUUACCUGAAAACACCACUGACACUUCAAGUGAAAUACCGACGACUCUGGUGGAUGCGUCCGACUUUGAGUGUUCCCUCUGUAUGAGGUUGUUCUUCGAACCUGUUACCACACCCUGUGGACACACCUUUUGCCUCAAAUGCCUUGAGCGUUGCCUUGACCAUAAUCCACUCUGCCCACUCUGCAAGGAAAAGCUGUCAGAAUUUCUGGCAAGCAGAACUUACAAGAAGACCGUCCUUACAGAAGAGCUGAUAGUCCGUUACUUGCCAGAGGAAUUAUCUGAAAGGAAGAAAGUUUAUGAUGAAGAAAUGAAGGAAUUGUCAAAUUUGAAUAAGGAUGUGCCCAUCUUCGUAUGUACCAUGGCCUUUCCUACCAUCCCUUGUCCACUCCAUGUCUUUGAACCUCGCUAUCGCCUAAUGAUAAGAAGAUGCAUGGAAACUGGUACCAAGCAGUUUGGCAUGUGCUUAGCUGAUGAAUUAAAAGGAUUUGCAGAUCAUGGCUGUAUAUUAGAGAUCAGGGACGUAAAGUUUUUUCCUGAUGGACGCUCAGUUGUUGAUACAGUUGGUGUCCGUCGUUUUAGGGUCUUAAGCCAUGGCCAGCGAGAUGGAUAUAACACAGCAAACAUCGAGUAUCUUGAAGAUAAAAAGGUUGAAGGACCAGAAUAUGAAGAACUUGUCCGCCUUCAUGAUUCAGUCUAUGAUCAAGCUGUUGCCUGGUUCACUUCACUUAAAGACAAUAUGAAAGUGCAAAUUCUCAAUCAUUUUGGAUCUAUGCCAGGAAAAGAACCAGAGCCACAGAGCAACCCCAGUGGUCCUGCCUGGUACUGGUGGCUCUUGGCAGUGUUGCCUCUGGAAAACAGAGCUCAGCUGGCUAUACUGGCUAUGACCUCCCUGAAGGAUCGUCUCAUCGCCAUCCGGCGCGUAUUGAUAUUUGUGACUCGCAAAAGACCCAGAUAACAUGGACUUGUGUUGUGAGUGGGCACCAA